CACGCAAACUCCACACAGACAGCAACCAAGGCAUCGAACCCGGGGCACCAGCACUGCGAGGCAGCAACGCUAACCACUGAGCAACCAAUAUGACCUGUGUAUCUAAACUAAAGAAUUUCUAACCAGCUUCAUUCUGCUUGCUCGGCUUUUCACACCCCCUUUAGACUGAUGGUGCUCUAAUCUCCCUCUCUUCUCCUCCCACUGAUGAUGAUGAUACCAGUCAUAAUAUCAAUAGAAAUGUAUAUAGUAAUAUCAAUGAGAAUGUAUUAUUAUCAUUAUUAUUAUUGUGGCUGUUACUAUUGCAUUUAUUCUUAACCUUAACUUAAUGCUAAUCACGCUUCUGAGUUCAGACCCGAGGAAAGCAGUAGUCGGGCAUGAGAAACAGAAAGUGUUCGUCUCUGCUGCUUUGGCUCGGAGUGUGACGAGUUGGAAGGGAACAGGCCCGACAGUAGUACUUCCGGGUCACUACAGAGGUGAUUUCCGGCAGCUGCUUGACAGGAAGGAAGUUUUUACUUUGAAAGAGAGAAGGUUUAGGACGUAAUUCAGACUGUUUUAUCUCCACAUGUGCAGAAGUGGCGGGCCUGGAGUCGUUUAGGUUGAUAGGGGUCUCUCUUCCUCGCUACUGUUUGCAGAGUUACGUCGUGCCGGACUGAUGGGGCCGGAUCGCCUUUGGGCGAUGGGGACCCUCGUGAAGAUGUGUGGGCGCCUGGGGCACAAGCUCUGCCUGCGCUGCGCACCCGUGAGCCGACAGGCGCGGCGUGCGGCGUCAGGCCUGGGGAGGGCGCCACGACCCCCGCCGCCCUCUGCGGGACGUCCCAGCGUGGAGGAGUGCGUCGAUCUCUGGGAGGGGGUCUUCGGGGAGAGGGGGGUGUCCGAGCCGCGGCUGUCCAGCGAAUACAUCGUUGCGCACGUCCUGGGAGCCAACACUCUGGCGAGCCUGGCUCGGCGCGGGCUGGCGGCGGUGCUGACAGAAGCGCAGACGCAGCGGGUCUGGGACCUGUGUGCCCGGCGCCUGGAGAGGAUGCCCGUGCAGUAUGUGAUAGAGGAGUGGGACUUCAGAGACCUGACGCUGAAGAUGAGGCCACCUGUCUUCAUCCCCAGGCCUGAGACCGAGGAGCUGGUGGGCCUGGUUCUGACGGACCUGCAGCACAGCCGCGGGCCGGAUCAGCGGGGGGCCGUGCUGGCCUCGGGCCCCAGUCUGAGGUUCCUGGAGGUGGGCUGCGGCUCGGGGGCGAUCUCCCUGAGCCUGCUGAAGAGCCUGCCACAGGCCCGUGCAGUGGCAGUGGACAGGAGUCCUGCGGCGGUCUCCCUGGCCGAAGAGAAUGCACACAGGCUGGGACUGCAGGACCGUCUGGACCUGAUGGAGCUGGAUGUGAUGACGGAUGCCCAGGCUGUGCUCAGUCAUUGUGGUCUGUUCGACUUCAUCGUCAGCAACCCUCCCUAUGUGUUCUCUGCUGACAUGGCUGCCCUGGAGCCAGAGAUCCUCAGGUUUGAAGACCCAGGGGCGCUGGACGGAGGAGCUGAUGGGAUGGAUGUGAUCAGGCAUAUUUUGUCCCUUGCGCAGCAAAUUCUACCUGUAGGCGGGAAGGUGUAUCUGGAGGUGGAGCCGCGGCAGCCGGAGAUGCUACAGCAGAGACCAGGAGCAGGCCUGCAGUACACAGCCACACACAGAGACUUCAGCCACAGGCCCCGGUUCUGUGUCUUACAGAGGGGCCGGGGCAGCGGGGACGGCUGACGGGCAGGAGGACGAGAAGACAAGGGGGCGCAGCGGAAGAAAACACCCCCACCCCACACGCGCUCCUCUCCUGUCUUUGCACACCCCCUGAACCCCUGGGGCUCCUCUCUGCAGCAGAAGAAAGCACCUGCGCCUCUGUCCCAGUCCCCCCCCCCCCACCUUUCCCACUCUCCUCUCCUGUCUCCGCACAGGGGGGCUGGGACACCCCCUGAACUCCUGGUGCUCCUCUCUGUAGCAAAAGUUAGAAGUCUGCGGACCGGCUAGAAUUUGGAGCCUCAGAGACCCCCUGUGACCCCUCACCCUCAGCUCUGGGAGGGGUGAUCCUGACCAUAUGCAGAAACCCUUCGACAGCCGUCCGCCUCUCCCUCCCCCGUCUCCCUCGAGCUUCCGCAGAACCGCUCAGAGUCCAGUGUACCUGACCUUUGCCCAGUACUCCCGGUACUCACCCGGAGGUACGGAGAGGGGGCUGGCGCAUGGAGCAGCUAUCGGAUUCCUAGGAAAAAGAAGGCGGCAAAACAACAACACGCUUGCGAGGGCUGAUGGGAGCGAGCCCAGCACUGUGGUGCACAGACAGGCCUUGCAGCCGCUGGGAGCUGCGCAGGCUGGGGCCUGCUCUCUGACGGGCCGAGUUCGGAUUUGCUUAUUGACAAGUGGGGACGUCAGCCGGAGCUGGGGGGGGGCUCUUUACAGUUUGUACAACCAGAAUAAAUGUUUCCUGUUGACAAACAAAA